AUGAUUGGUACCGCAGCGCAAGAUUCUAUCACUGAACCGAAAAUCAAACGAGUAGAUCGUGUUGAUCUACCAAUGAUACCAGGGGAGCAGUAUCGGGGACAAGUUGUAUCAGCAGCAGUUGAGAUUGAGAGAGACCAACAGGAGCGGGCAACUCUCUUCGAUUUAAACAGAGGUUCCAGUGAUCCGCAAGCAAAGAGUCAAAGCGGUGUCCGCAUCCUGAUUCUUGACAACGACCAUGCCGUGGGAAAUACACUAUCAUGGCUGCUAAAGCGUUUUAUCACGGCCCAAGUCACUGUUGAUAGUGGGUACGUGGUGAACUUAAAGGGGUCAGGUUAUGACAUCGUCUUCGCUCGUGGGAAGGGAGCUCCUCUGCUCUACAUGCCGCCAAAUUACAAUCACCGAGGGGCCGUUCGAAUACUAAAGAAAUGCCUUGCUAUGCCGCUUCCAUCCUCUUCUAUUCCAGCAACGGUUUCAUUCGAUAUAUAUGGAGAAUACCAGGUCAUCUGCGAGUCGCAGAAGCAGGGGUACCUUACGGACCUUACAUCAGCAGUACUUAGAGUUGAGAAGGUCUACGAGAAUGACUUCACGUUGAUGUUUGGCGUCUCAUUUUCCGAUGGCUCCGUCCAUUGGCCACAAAUGUCUUUUUCAGAUCUCGCCUCUCACAACUCCCUCGGGGAGCCUGUAGCGCAAGAUCAGCUAUUGAGCCCUCCAACUAUUAACCUUGCAACUUCACGUCUCUUUGAUGUCUUUGAUGAUCAGCAGGCCACGAACGACCUCCCAGAAAUCUUCCUCCGUCCGAUAAGAGAAGGAGGGCCAUCGGACAGCUACCCUCUCGAACGCGGUGGUAUAACCCCCCUGAGCCCUUACUAUUAUGGAAGUGUGCAAAGUGAGGCCACCACCAAGAGCCCAUAUCCAUCAACCUUUGACCUCACAGUCCAGAGUCAUGAGACACGUCCGUCGACCGUUCCCACUUCUCUACCGCAUAAGCCCCAAAACCCAAAGGGGGCCUUGGACUCUCUGCAGACAACAGAGUGUCAAGCGGAAGAAGAGGGAAGUAUAUCAUCAAGUCAUCACAGAGAAGAACAGAACCAGUGGUCUCCUGGUGAGUCUGGAAAUAAUCGCGCUGAAUGCGAUACAGCUACAACGUAUUCUUUUGAUACGCUCUCCGAUGACCCUAAAUUUGUAUACUUCCAGGCCUUCAUAGAUCAGCUCGCUGAGGAUGUGAGAGCGGCUACUGACGGAACAAUUCUGCAAAAUGUUGGGCAAGUGUUUCUCGACCAAACACUCCGAGACUUUGCGUGGAAGCUGCAUGAGGAGUCAACAACCCCAUUUCAACUUGAGACUUCUGUCAUAAUCCACAGAAAGAGGAGGAAUAUUAUCGACCUCCUCGACUUUCAAGUUCCCGCACUUGAAGAAGCCGAAAGCGUGUCUGGCCAGAGUCUCGGGUACUCUGAGGCAGAGAAUGAAGAAGAAACUUCCACAGUCCCUUUCAAGAAGGCCGAAGAAAUGAUCGUUGACUGGAUAGUUGACGUCAAAUCUGGAGAACCCAGUGAACUUUCACAAAUGCCCCAGUACAGACAAUUUAUCCAGGGAUCCGAGGCUUACCGAUGGCUUUUGACAAAGAUCAGCCAGCAGAGUCGGCUAUCUUGCGAAGAGCCUAGCCUGAUGGACAAGAUUGGCAACACGAUCAGAGAAAAGUUGAAAGAAUGCAUUCCGCACCACAAAAUGAGCAGAAAGAAAGCAUCCAUCGAGUUCGAAGUGAGUUACACUGUGGAAUUAGAUGUUGUUGGAGUAAUGAAAGAAUCCGGAAUUUCCUCUUCCUUUGACAAAGCCCUGCCCAACAUCCUUUGCUUGACAGGCAAAUGGGACGAAGCGCAAGCUACAAGUGUUGCCGAAUACAUGAACCAAACAUGGCCCCAGUCUGCCGCUGCCACUGUCUCCCUGUUGCAGGGCCUAUUAUCAUACCAAGAAAGAUUUCUGACAGUGCCUACUUGGCCUGAAACCACUCGCCGGAGGGUUUCCAAUACUUGUCUUCUGGAGGGUACCGUGAACCAAGGCCGUAACAGGGAUGUUCGCUACAAAAUCCGGGCCAGAGGCGGCUACUACGCUGUUUCUGAGGUAGGCGAACAGAUUGCUUGGUUGGCUUCGGUCUUUCAAGUACACAAACACACCGGUUUCAGAUCGAUUAUGCCACAUGUCACCGAUUUCUCCGCCACAGGCUCCAAGAACAACAGUGGGACCAUCAAUGGUGUCAAGGGAAAGUGCUCCUUUUCUUUCUCCACUCGCUCCGAAACCGCUUAUAACCCAAGCCAAGGCUUCUGCUGGGAACGGUCUGGCCUCGAGGUGUCUUUGCGAUAUGCGGCGUCUAUAGUGGGAUCUUCGGAAGUUGUCCAGUGGGACAAGAGACUGGUAAUAAAAGGAUUCAAUAUGUUAAUGGUCGCUACACAAGUCACUGCUGAUGUCUUGGUAUGGCAUCUCCUCGUUAGUGAAGAGUCUGAGGAGAGGAUCUCAUACGUGGACCCGAGACUUGACCAUAUUGAUAUCAGACCUUCUGAAGAAAUGUCCCUUCGGCACAUUGAAGGCAAACGUCACAUUAUUGGAUGGUGUACCAAAGCAACAGACAUGUGUGGACAUCCUACUGCUAAUCUCGAGAUCAAGCCUGGUGGUCUACCGAAGACAUCAGCAUCCAUUGUUGUAGACAAGCUAUACAUAGAAGGCGGAAGUCCUGUUACUGUUGGUUUUAUGCUCGACGUUAACAAAAAGGAGAAACCCUUUUGGUUACAAAGAGAAAAAGACUACCCGAGUCUACUUAAUUGGGUCAAACUGCAGCCAGUAGUUUUCUACGAUGUUGAAGAACGUCGUGCAUGGCUUGUCGACGGUGCUUCUGCCCUGCUCCAUCUCGUCCGCAUUUCACUUCACAUAGACAUCAAUGACCCUGAAUCAACCUACGACUGGGUCUAUGAUCCCAGCAAGCUGAGAGACCACUGGCCAGGCGUUGGAAGUCGCCAAGCGGCACUCCAGACUUUAAAGAGUUGGGAAAACAGGGAAUUAAAUGUUUACAUUGUUGAUAAGCAGGUGGGCCCGAAUGGUGUACCUGUCACCAAGUAUUCGACCUUUGAAGAGCGGGUAAAGAGUAUUCUUCACUCGAUAGAGGUGUUGGUUGAUCGACAAGCCCAGGCGGCAUCUCAAGAUGGUAUCAAGAUCUCACAGACCUUGGACCCACGUCGCGAUGUUGUCGGUUUCGACAUCGUGGAUGUCAUUGAUCCCUCAGUUCCUAUUUACCCGCGUAUUCAGCAUGUCAACUCAUGGGGACACGGGUGGAUCGACCUAAUACCGACUAUUGGUAUUACCACCCUUUUUGGGCGGGGAUUUGGAGAUCUUAUACGCGCCGACGAGCCUGAUUUGAUCUGCCCAAGCUGGAGAUCGGUUCCAGUAGGAAAAGACUAUCUUGCUGCAUCCAUAUCAACAAUGCAGAUGCUCCAUGAGAAACGUCUCCUUAGAAUGGAGCCGGGCCUCAUUGGAGGUGAACUGACUAAGAAGAUUACUUGGGUAGCGGCCAAAGAAGCAUCUCUGGAUUGUAAGUGCCUCCAGAAGCAAGGUAGUAGUAAUGUCCCUGCUCAGGCAGAGUGCAAUCACAACCCUGUCCAAUUCCUUGCGAAAAGAUGGUGGUCCCGUACUUUACCGCAUGGCUUGAAGCCUGUACAGUUAGGGUCUCUUGACCAUAAAGGGGCUGUGAUCUUUGGUCACACUGUUCUGGGACUAAGAACUGGAGAGAGACUGGCACCGAAACAGGUAGACGACGACGGUGCUGCGUCGACAACCAGCGGAGAGCAGGCCCAAGAUGCUUCAGCAACUGGCUCAGUCGUGAGUCAGACGACAUCCAUUACUGUCCCUAGUGUUGGCCAUUCCAGCCAGGACGCGGGAAGUGCUCCGCAGAGUUUGGAUAGUACAAGUAACGCGACAAGUGAGGGUAAGAAGAAGAGAUGGUCAAAGUUCAAGGAUUGGGUCAAGAGAUGA